AUUUUAUGGUAAGAAAGAGGGAAGUGAGUGAGGUUGGUAGGAUGGUACUGGUCCAUAAAAGUUUCGUCCAAGCUGUGACAAGGCGAAUUUACAGCAGUCUCAAAAGAGGAAACCCACAAUAAAUGACCCUCCCCCACAACAAAACACAAGUCCACGCACCCAGACUUUAACCCAAACGGAUAAGGCAAAGGCCUCUAAUUAACACACCAACAAUUACCAUAUCCAAAAAAACCCAACCAUUCACACACACACACACUGUUCUACUCAAUUCUGAAAGUCAUCAGAUUCUCCAUUACAUGCAACUGCCCCCCUCCCCCAUUAUAAAACCCACCAACGCUCUCCCACAACACACAACAAGAAACACAAACCCAAGCUAACUCUAUCACACCAUGGAACCUCUCCCUGCCACCAAACACAACAACAAUCCAACAAAGCCAUCUUCACUACACCUGGAGGAUCCCGCCACAGAGCCCAGUCCUCUCCGGAAAAUAAUAGUGGUGGCCUCCAUAGCUGCCGGGGUGCAAUUCGGGUGGGCCCUACAGCUCUCCCUGUUGACUCCAUACGUCCAGUUGCUUGGCAUCCCUCACACUUGGGCCGCCUUCAUCUGGCUAUGCGGCCCAAUCUCCGGCAUGCUCGUCCAGCCCAUAGUCGGCUACCACAGUGACCGCUGCACCUCCCGCUUUGGUCGCCGACGUCCCUUUAUUGCCGCCGGCGCUCUUGCCGUCGCCAUCGCCGUCUUCCUCAUCGGCUAUGCCGCAGACCUCGGCCACUCGUUCGGCGACUCCCUUGCUAAGAAAACCCGCCCCCGAGCCAUCGCCAUCUUUGUCGUGGGUUUCUGGAUCCUCGACGUCGCCAACAACAUGCUCCAGGGCCCCUGCCGUGCCCUCCUCGCCGACCUCGCCGCCGGCGACCACCGCAAAACCAGAACCGCCAACGCCUUCUUCUCCUUCUUCAUGGCAGUCGGCAACGUCCUCGGUUAUGCCGCCGGCUCCUACAGCGGCCUCCACCACGUGUUCCCCUUCACGAAAACGAAGGCCUGUGACGUCUACUGUGCGAACUUGAAGAGCUGCUUCUUCCUCUCCAUUGCGCUUCUCUUGGUGCUUGCCACCGCGGCCAUGACCUACGUGAAGGAGAAAACGCUCUCACGAGAGAAGAACGUUAACGCGGAAACUGAGGAGGACGGUGGUGGGUCACGUGGAGGCAUGCCUUGUUUUGGGCAGUUAUUUGGUGCAUUUCGGGAGCUUCAGAGACCCAUGUGGAUCCUUCUGUUGGUGACGUGUCUGAAUUGGAUUGCAUGGUUCCCUUUCUUGCUUUUUGACACAGAUUGGAUGGGGAGAGAGGUGUACGGGGGAAAGGUUGGAGAAGGUAAGGCCUACGAUAAGGGCGUGCGCGCGGGUGCUUUGGGCCUCAUGUUGAAUUCUGUUGUGCUCGGUGUGACGUCGUUGGGCGUGGAGAUCCUCGCGCGUGGGGUUGGGGGCGUGAAGAGGUUGUGGGGAAUUGUUAACUUCUUGCUGGCUAUUUGUUUGGCCAUGACCGUUUUGGUCACCAAGUUGGCCGAGCAUUCUCGCCACUUCGCUCCUGGCCAAUCCGACCCUCUUCCUCCUCCCGGCGGCGUGAAGGCCGGCGCGUUGGCUCUCUUUUCCGUCCUUGGAAUCCCUCUUGCGAUUACUUACAGCAUCCCAUUUGCUUUGGCAUCAAUAUUCUCCAGCACCUCAGGGGCAGGCCAGGGGUUGUCUCUAGGAGUUCUCAAUCUUGCAAUUGUCAUACCACAGAUGGUGGUGUCUGUGGUGAGUGGACCAUGGGAUGCUCUGUUUGGUGGUGGAAACUUGCCAGCGUUUGUGGUGGGUGCUGUGGCGGCUGCGGCCAGUGGGCUUCUAUCCAUAAUUCUGCUGCCAUCUCCGCCGCCGGAUUUGGCCAAAGCUGCCACCGCAGCCGGAGGAGGGUUCCAUUAAUCAGUGGAAUGGAACAUUUUCAUCAUCAUCUCUCUUUUUUGUCCCAGUGUUUAAUAUGGAAAAAGGAGAACGCUUUCUUUUCUUUUACUUUUUUUUUGUUUGAAGCCGUUGUGUAUAAGGCUUUUAGGUCCCAACAAAUGCUACAAUUGCCGUUUUUGUGGCAUCAAUGACUAAUAACAGUCAUUUUAAUUGUAAAGUUUGAUGUGGCUGUACAUAACCCUGUUCAAGCAGGACCCAGCCCUGUCUUUAUUUAUAUACUAGUUGGUAUAUUUUGGGUGCUCGGGGGAAUGUAGUGAUUGAAGUAAGCAUGCAUGGAUGGUUAAUCCAUUAAUAAUAUAUGUGGGCUGAAUUGGACCAGCUACUUUCCUAUUCCCCACUUACUUUCCAUUGUCUUCUCUAGUGAUUAUUAGUACUAUAAUAAUAACAUUCUCUCUUAUCUCCAUCAUAGCCAAAGCAAGACUUGUGUUUAUUUUAGAAUCUUUUUCUUUUGUCAUUAAAUUCUAUAAAUAAUUGAUACUAUUUUAU